CCGCAUUUGCAACCUGUUUCAUCUUCAUUAAGUUUCAUCUUCAACUACCAAUAUGGCUAAGAUUUUGGUAGUUCUCUCAGCGCUCCUUGUUCUGGGAGCUGCAGCUCCUCAGAACUUGCAGCAGAAGCCCGGCACUCCACUGCAAGAGCGCAAAACCAAGAUGGACUGGGAGCAGAUCACGAACACGAUCGAAGAAGUGUUUGGCAUCGCCUCCGAUCGAAAGCAACAGGAAAAACAGGACACCACAGAGCAGUCUUCGGAAGAGCGUCGUAUUGAGCGGAAGCGUGAAUUCAUCGAGAACCAGCAAGAAGGCACCGGGUUAGAGAAUCGUGAGGAACGUAACCGUGAAGCUAUCGGCCGUGCUCAGGGACGGCUGCCAGCACGUGAAGCACGUCGUCGUCAGCAAAAAUCGCGCCAGCAGCAACAACGUGGAGGAGAGAAAUGGAAGGAUCAGCAACAGGAUGAAAGGAAGGAUCGAUACUACAAUGAUUUCCCACUGUACGAGUUCUCGUACGGUGUGCACGAUCCGGAAACUGGCGAUACGAAGGAACAGUGGGAAAAGCGGGUCGGUGAUCAUGUGAAGGGAAAGUACACGCUCGAUCAGCCCGAUGGUACGAAGCGGGUGGUUGAGUAUGAGGCGGAUGAUAAGAGUGGUUUUGAGGCGAUCGUGAAGGAAAUCGACCGUAUCGAUGAUCGUCAUCGUGGUGAUGUGCGCUGGGGACAUUCCGAUGGGCGGGUGGCUCAGAGCUACAGCAAGCUGAAGAAGGUGGAUUAAAUUGUUCAACGGUGUGAGUGCUUGAUGAGGCUGAUAACUAAGGGUUGAA